AGGAAAAAUGAUGCAAUUUCACGUGGCCAGGUGCUCUCUUGCACGUGUCGUGGGGAAGCCCGAAAGUCGCGACAAUAUUUUUGUCGCAGAGAAUGCGGCUCAGUUGUUUGUGCUCAGCAAUGCCAUUUUGGGAACUUCGUCGGACUGCAUGCUUUUUCACGAGCCGCCUGGAGUGCUCUAAUGCAGUUUUUUAGCUGAGCAACAGCUCCAUAAUUUCCCUUAUAACUGCUUUAAUUUCUCUUUGUUUGGGUUUUGCCCUCCAUCAUCCUUUUCUCCUUUUCUUCUUGGUUCUUCCUUCUUACUUUGGCUUUUUUCCAAACAACUUGUAACUCACUCUAGAAGUGACAAAUUUAAGUGACUUCAAAAACCGGUGGUAGAAAUUAAAACCUAAAUUAAACGUAAUGGUAUCUGUUGCAUCUAGUACAGCUUUGAGCAAAAGUCUACAGCUUGUUCUCUCUGUAAUUGUGCUCGGUUUAAGCUCGAGUUUAUUGAGUAACAGAUCCUCUCUCUCUUCUGCGUCAGAAGCUCUAUCCGACUAUAAUUUGUCUAACAACGGUACUGGGUUUAAUUUGACUAAUUCGUGGAAAACUGAAGCUGCGGCAGUCAGCUCAUCAGCAUUCACGCUAUUCUCUUCUGGAUUUAAUUACUUCUAUCCAACUACGGCCUUGACUAUCUUCAGGGGCUCAGGAAGUUUUAUUUCAAGCGAUAGCGCAGUGUCUCCAUAUAAUUUUGUGUCUGUACCAGCAGAUGAGUUUGCAAACAGCUCUCCUUUGUCAGUUUCAGCCGUUCAUACGUCAUAUUUAACUUCCUUGGUGGGUUCAGAAACGCUAUCAAAUGCUUUUUGGUUCGUUAAUAUGAUUGUCCAGAUCGCAGAUUUUGCAUCAGACGAUUGUUCAUCUGUUUCGGAUUUGCUAGACAACUAUAAUUUGACUGGAGUAUCGAACUCUCAGUCUCUUUCCAACUACUUUAACUAUUUUGACAAUUCCUCUACUUCAACAGUUUACGAUGAAAUUCAUGAAGCCCUAGCUUUAUUCAACAUUACUGACUUGGGUGACUUCCAGAUUACUGACCUCAACGGAACUUCUCUUCAAUCGGAUCUUCUUCUCUCCCUAAAUCAUGAUUGUCAAGUUAAAAAGGCAUCAAUGGCUCUAUCAAUUCUUGUCUGGAUUACUCAUAUCUUAUCCUCCGGCCUUUUGACGUCCGAACUCGUCUCUUUCUGGAAUAAGUUUUCCAGCAUUAAGUCUAAAGCUUUGAAGUUGAAGGAAAGUGAGAUCAACAAAGCAAGCGAAAAUGAGAAUGAGGAAGAUGGAGAAGAGGAGACCGAAGAAGCUGACAACACAGAAAAGAAUACCAGCUCACAUAAUGUGCUCCUCACUUUUGACCACAGGUGGGGAGUCUUCGACAUAUCGCUAGAUGCUCCUGGAGCAACUGAUCUUGAAGGUUAGCUUUGAAUUUUUUUAGUUAUGUUUUUGCUUGUACCACUACUAUUGUUUUUGCUUAAUCCUUUUAUUUAGUAGAUCUAUAAUAUAUUCUUUAAUAAAUUUUAAUAAUUACUUUUUUUUUUGAUAUAUACUACUUACAAAAAAAGUUUUGGAGAAUUAU